UCUGAGCCAAAUCCAUUUGCUAGGAGAACAUCAAAGGCGUCCCAGGUGCAUAACGAAAAAUAUUAUUUCCAGAUAUAUGAUAAGAAACACGAAGUUUAUGGUCUUCUGAAGGUCUGUGGGCAUGACCAUGAUACCCUGAAGAAGGUGAUCAAGUGCGUGAUCUCAAAGUCACCAGUAAUCAAAUCAGCAAUGAUGGAUGUGACAGGCAAGCUGAUUGACGGAGUAGUCAGCCUGACUAAACUCAUGGCUCAUGGAGCAAUGCACGAAGCUUGUCUCAUAGAAGUAAUCAGAAAUAUCGAAGACGAAGCCUUCACCCUUGUGGAAAACGUCAGAGUCUGCGUGUACACGAACAAUACUUUUAUGCAAGAAGUAAAAGAGUACAUCAAAGAUAAUAAUGCAACAGUUCUUGAUGUACAAAAUAAAGAUAAAAGUAAAACCAAAGAAAAAGAUAAGAUAGAAGAUACUGAUGUAGAUAAAGAUAAGAAAACUAAAAAUGUUGAAGAAGAACUGACAGAAAAGCCACAUAAAGAAGAAGACGUUAAACAAAUGAAGGAGCUAAUCAGAAGAAUGUUAGCUGACAACAAAGCAAAUGAUAUAGAUUCUUCUUUUAAGAAUAAACUAACGAAGUUACAACAAGACUUAGCAGCAGUUGAUGCUAACGAAAUUGUCAAAAAGGAUAAGGGUGAUUAACUUAUUAAUUAAUAAAGUAACGUUUAAUUAAUAGUAUUAAA